AUGAAGUGCACAAUUCUAUGGUGCUUUAUCAGUUUGAUUUGGUUCGCUAGUGGAAUUAAAAUUGAUUGCGAAAACCCGGAGGGCAUUAAUGAGGAGCACAUUCAUUAUUGCUGCAAGCAUCCCGAUGGACAUAAUGAUAUAAUCGAGGACUGUGCCAGGGAGACUAAUUUCCUGCUGCCCAAUCAAAACGAGGAGGCUUUGGUGGACAUCACAGCGGACCGGGCAAUCCGAGGCACUUGUUUUGGAAAAUGUGUCUUUAGCAAACUGAAUCUCAUGAAGGACAAGGCCCUGGACAUGGAUGCCGUGAGAACAUAUUUCACAGAAAAGUUCCCCGACGAUCCGGAAUAUGUCAAGGAAAUGAUCAACGCCUUUGAUCACUGUCAUGGCAAGAGUGAGGAGAUUACCUCCACGUUCCUGGCGAAGCCCCUAUUCAGGCAGAUGUCCGAGCACUACUGCGAGCCCAAGUCCAGUGUCAUUCUGGCCUGUGUGAUCCGUCAGUUCUUCCACAACUGUCCGGCGGAUCGUUGGUCCAAGACCAAGGAGUGCGAGGACACCUUGGCCUUCAGCAAGAAGUGCCAGGACUCGCUGGCUACUUUGUAA